AUGCCGUCACAUCCUGAAGUUAUCAAAACCGAUAAUUUCGGGCGCGAUAUACUCAUGAAGAUUAAUGUUGACAAGAUUAAGCGUGUCUGGUCGCACAAGCUGAGGCUGGAUCAGCCUCAGGGCUCAUCUUCAAAUGACGUUGGAAGUGAAGCUGUGCCUACUAGCGUCCCCGCCGAUGCCGGAAUCGCAAAUGCUGACGACGACGCGAAAGCAGCGGACGCGCUUGCUCUGGUGAUCGAGAAGCAGGAUUUCGCGACCAUGGACAUCAUCGGCCAGUUUAACCUUGGUUUUAUCAUCGUUCGAAGACAAAAGCAAGCAACCAUGGAAAGCGGUUCUCAGCCUUCGCAAAUUGCUGAUCAAGCGGAGACAAUUUUGGACGACCUAUUCAUUGUCGACCAACAUGCCGCCGAUGAGAAAUUCAAUUUUGAAGAUCUGCAAUCUACGACGAAGAUUCAAUCGCAAAAACUUCUGAGUGAACGGCCCAUUUGGAAAAUUGUUAUUCAACUCAACCUCAUUGGCUCGAUAAAAACCAUUCUUGAAGCCCUGCGCGAGGAGUACGAACCAAAUGCCCUGGCAACGAUACCCAAUUACAUUUCGCCUAAUUCACCGUUGCGGACUCUUAGAAGAAUGUCUCUUGGUCUUUCCCCCCUCCUUUUCAUCGAGACAAAUCUCCUGAAAAUUUUAUCUCCUGAAUCAUCUGAUUCAAGAGAUAUGUCCGUGCGGGCGGGGAAUGGAUGGAAAGCGUUGCUCAAAUCUAGACGGGAUCCUUUUGCUCCAGGCGACCGCCACUCUACGCGAAGGCAAUCUCAAGCCUUGUUGGGACAAGAGAACGACCCUUUGUCGGUGCUCCUGGGCCAGCGGGAUGAUAUAAUCUCCUUAUGA